AACCUGGACAUUCCAUGGCUAUGCAGUCCCUCUUCUGUGUUUUGAUGGUUAUCCUUCUGAUGCUUCUUUCUCGUAUGAUCUUAGUGGAAAUAUUAAUGGGCAAAGUCUAUGCUCUUCACAGGUGCCCACCCACCGGUAACCCACCGGCAGCCGAUAUGCACUAUCCAGGACACAACCUUUACCGAUCACAACCGGAAGCACCAUUAGCCUAUUCUCCUGGCAAUGCCGAGUACCUGCCAUAUGAGGCACAAUAUCGUCCACCACCCACAAAUGCCAAUUAUGAUGUCAAUCAACAGCCAGAGUUUACAUCUGUAAAGCCGACAGCCCCACCACAGCCUCAUCCCGUCCAAACAACGUACGCUCCCCAGGCCUCCGCAGUCCAAGCAGCUCUUCCUCUUCAGACAAGUCUACCAACGUACACUCCCCAGGCCUCUGCAGUCCAAGCCGCUCUGCCUUUUCAGUCAAGGCUACCAACGUACACUCCCCAGGCCUCUGCAGUCCAAGCCGCUCUGCCUUUUCAGUCAAGGCUACCAAUGUACGCUCCCCAGACCUCCACAGUCCACACAGUGAUGACUUUUCCUCAUCGGACAAGUCUUCCAACCCCCAUAGUCCAACCAGCGAUGCAACUUUCUUAUCAUACAAAUGGAGUUUACGUUUUGAAUCAGCCACCAGCAACAGUGGCGCCACCUGCUAUUUUGUAUACAUCACCAACGGCAUCAACACAAAAUAGAGGUUACGUUGUCCACCAGGCGCCAGUUAUGCCCCCAGCACCUCAGCCCUCAGGAACCCUAGAUGUUAUACGUAAUUUCUUGGUUUGUUGUCUUAACUGUUUGAUCAAGAAAACAAAUUCUUGAGGAAGUUUUGUUACGAUGGAACCAUCCCAUGGGAGAAAUGAAGAAGAUCCCAAAAGAAACAUAUUAAAGGACUUGCCUCCAUAUUAAAAAAAAAAAAAAGGUCAAAAUUAACCCAAAUACAAGCCGUCCUUCUGUUGAGGUUGACUGUGUUGUUGAGAUAUAGGGUGUCCUCUAUGCUCUAGCAUGUGAGGCUUGUAUGUUUCUGGUGAGUAACAUGAAUGGAUCCAUCAGAGGAAGGAAAGACAACCUUUCCAGAGCCAGGUCCAGGUCCUGGCCGAUUGCAGUUACGGAGCCUCCAUCAGAGCCAGGUCCAGGUCCUGGCCGAUUGCAGUUACAGAGGAAGCUAAAAGCACAAUAUUACCUCUGGUAUCUACAGGGUUGAUUCUCACACACCAGAUGAAACAUUGCAUGCCUGUGCAUAUAAAAUAAGCUCUAUAGGUGGUAUAUUGAGGGGCAUACAAAUGUGUAUAUUAUUUACAUUGUGGGGAAAAUUUGUAGAAAUAUGUAAAUAAAAAAAACAACAUAAACAACUGUUUA